AUGAAUGCUCCUGUGGAGAGUUCUCUCGCCGCUUCCCGUCGUGAUCGACUUACGGCACUACGCCGUCGAAUGCGAGAAGAGUUCGGUGCCAGGGAUUUGGGGUUGACAUAUGGUGUGACAUCCGAUUGUGAUACGUUAAGUGUUGCCAGUGAAGCUACCAGUUUGCAUUCAUGGCAUCGUCGUGUACUUGCUAGCUCCCAUACGAUGGUCGUACAUCCAUCUGACAGUAUGAGUACGAGAGCAGGACCAUCGUAUCCAAUCCCUCCUUCAAAUUCGUUAUCGCAGGUUUACGGACCGCCAGAACCUAUCAUGGAGUGUGACCCUUUGACAAUCUCGCUCUCCCAUCCCUCAGUAUCACCUGUUUCCCUUCCUUCUUCGUCGUUAAUGUCGCCUACUGGACCACCUCCUAGCCAUCCUCCACCUCCGUUGCCUUCGAGAGAGCUGACAAGACAGACAUCAAGCGAUUUACGAUCUCCGCCACCGCUUCCUCCAAGAAAUCCUUCAAUACGCCUACCCGAUCCUGUAUCAAGUGAAAUUAUUGUUCGAUUGAACCUACCUGAAACGGAGAGUACACCUACCACUCAAAGUUCGUCUAUCGAGACUGCUCAACAACUAACGAAUCAUACACAGAGGGGGUCCUCCACCUCGAAUGAUUCGUUGUUGCAACCGAGCGGAGAAACGGUUAAUGGAAGUGCAAGACGACGAGGUCAUACAAAAACCAACUCGCUUGAUAGAGGUCUCACCUUGGCAAAGUCGCUCAAGGCUGGCCCAUUUCCACCUCCUUCAAAUAAGUCGAAUUCUUUGACGCGUCAAGAACUAGAUGAUGAUGGAGAAGAGUGUGCACGUAACACAGCUGCAGAAGGCGUGAUACUUCAAAUCACUACGAAGAUCAUUGGCGACCAGUCUGUACGGGUAAGUUCGAUCGUGUUCUGUUCUCUUUCUUAG